UCACUUCCUGGUUUUGCGUUUGAAACUUAAAGGUGUGCCGAUUCUCUCUCCGGUAUUUUGCUGCUUUGGAUUCAACUGGGGCGAAACUUACGAUCUUAUCAACAUUAUUACAAGAAGACAGCAGCUCGAAACACAAACAGAACGGAUCAAGUAAAGGUGUGACUGACAAAGACGUUUUUCCGGAUGAAGAGAUGAGUGCUGAAAUCAGCACCAUCCCCACGUUACAAUUGUAUUUGGAUUCCUUUUGGUCUUCCAGUGUAGGAUCCCACAGUUCUGACCUAAACACCACCAACGCAUGGGUAACAGCACCCGCAUCUUUGUACAGCCCUCCUGUUUCCAGCAGCAUUAGAAUGGACCCGGCCCAGUCCAGCCCGACUCCAGAUGAAUCCUCAGAACCCUGCUCUGAAUUUCAGUCUCAGCUCGACCUGUUCCUCAAGCUGGGGUUUUCCCAAACACAGAUCCGUGCCGCUUUCCUGAAACUCGGCCUCAAUGCAGACACCAACAGGGUUUUGGGUGAGCUGAUCAAGGCUGCUGGGGAAUCAGAAGAGAGAGAGGAACCUACAGCCUCCACUGUGCUGGUUUCACGUGGGGAUGCUUCCAAUAAAGUCCAAAGUGCCCAAAAUCACUGUCACAAUGCUUCAGCAGUGUCAGGCGCUCCGGAAGAGCUGGUAGAGGAUGAGGACGCACUCAGACCGAUUGUCAUUGAUGGGUCUAAUGUAGCCAUGAGUCACGGGAACAAGGAAGUUUUUUCCUGUCUGGGAAUUCAGUUGGCGGUGAACUUCUUCCUGGAGCGGGGUCACGUUGACAUCACAGUGUUUGUGCCUUCCUGGAGAAAAGAACAGCCACGACCUGAUGUGCCUAUUACAGAUCAGCACAUUCUACGUGAAUUAGAGCGGAGGAAGCUCUUGGUAUUCACACCAUCCAGAAGGGUGGCAGGAAAACGGGUGGUUUGCUAUGAUGACCGUUUCAUCGUAAAGCUGGCAUACGAAUCCGACGGCAUCAUUGUUUCCAAUGAUACUUACCGAGAUCUGCAAGGUGAACGUCCUGAGUGGAAGCGUUUUAUAGAGGGGAGGCUUCUGAUGUAUUCGUUCGUCAAUGACAAGUUUAUGCCUCCAGAUGACCCUUUGGGAAGACAUGGACCCACUUUAGACAACUUUCUGAGGAAAACUCCACGUAUACCUAAGAAACAACCCUGUCCUUAUGGAAAGAAGUGCACUUAUGGAAUCAAGUGCAAGUUCCAUCAUCCGGAGCGAACCAAGCAAUCCCAGCGUGCCCUGGCCGAUGAGCUCCGAGACAAAGCCAAAAUUUCAUCCACACCGCACAAACCUCAGCCAGUGUCCAGUCAGAGUCCACCUCUGGAGGAAGUAAUGGAACAGAAACUCUCCCUGGAUGCUGGAUCUCUUAAGAAGAGUUACGCCAGUGAAAAUGUCCUUGUCAUUAAAGCAGCCCCCCAGCCAACUCAAAGGAAGUUUCCUUUGAAAAAAGAGCGUCUGCAUUCGCCAACAAGUCUAGAUUCCUUUCCCAGGGGAUCUCAGGAGCGUUUGGAUUCUGGCUUGGGUUCCUACGAAUGCCAUUCUCCUGAAGCUUCCCAUUGUGAUCGCUACUGCGACCACAGGAAGUCCAAACCAUCCAACAGUGGGCGGCAUCGUUACGUUCCGGCCAAUAGCAAACCCUGCAGUUGCUGUCCCUACCAAUCCCUUAGCACCGGUGGAGUCGGUCAGCACCAUAGCAUGGACCUGUCCAGUUCAACAAACCCGGGUUACACUCAACCCCGAUAUCACUCCUAUGGAGGAGGUCCAGUUUACCCACCUGUUAACAUGUCCCAGUAUUCAUUUCCACACAACAGAGGGCCUCCUUGCCAACAGGGCUACUGGUCUGACCAUUAUGAUGGCUAUCCUCCAGCAUCCCAUAAUGCCAUGCUGCCAGAGAGAGGACAUGGCCACUGGUCACCCUCCAAUCACAAUCCUCAGUGGUCCGAACGUGAGCAGGUGAGGAAGAAAUUACUAGCAAUUUUCAACGCACGUUUGGUGGACAGAGCCAUGGACAUGUUCCCAUAUCUCCUGGACCCACAAAGAUUGGCCGCAGAGAUUUUGACCCUUCAGUCUCAGGAUGGGGCUUUUUAGUUUAUCUUUUUUUGAAGGACUAGAUGACAAGACAAAGAUUCUGGCACCAAAGUGUUACAAUAAGUUCUCAGCCGUACCCACAAGAAGUGAUUUCACUGGAGUUUGUUGUGUAAUUCAGUGUAGCUCCACCCACAGUGAAAUCUCAUUGGUCUACAAUCCUGCUGUUUUUGUUGUGCAGUGUUUUGCUUUUUAACAAGGACAUAAAAAUUACUAUUUUGUUGGAGACUGUCAUGUAAUGCGGUGUAUCCCCGCCCACAGUGGAAUCUCAUUGGUCCACAGUCCCACUUUAUAUCAGAUAUGUUCUGAUUGACUGUUUUUGUUGAGUCAUACAGCGUUUUUUCGUUUAGCGAGAACACAAAAAUUAUUUUCGUUGGAGUCUGUCACAUAAUGCAGUGUAGUUCCAACUACGUCAGAUAUAUUCUGAUUGGCUGUUUGUGUCAAGCAAGUGGUGUAGCUCCGCCCACAGUAGAAUCUAAUUGGUCCUCUGUUCUGAUUCACAUCAGAUUUUAUGUUCUGAUUGGCUGUUUUUGUCAAGACAUAUAGCGUUUUGCUUUUAGCAAUUAUUAAAAAAUGUUGUGAU